AACAAACCAUAGACGACGCUGCGGGUGAAGAAGAGGAGGAAGAAGAGGAAGAAGAUACCUGACGAAGGUUCACCUGUCCAACCGUUCAAUCUACUCCGUAUCCUCCUGAUUUCUCCUCUCUCCCGUUGCUACUCUGCGGUGGUGGAACGGUGCCUGGUGGAAGGUGCGGAGAUAUGCGCGUGCUAUCGAUCACGCGGGCCGAUCGCGCGGAUAUGUGAUACCGGAAGUAGGUACGGCAGGCUUGACCUGCGUGCAGGUGCUCCGCGGUGCGUACCACGUAUGCGUACAUAGGGGUGAGCAGCGACAGAGAAGAGAAGGGUGCGCGAGAAGAGAGGCCUCGUGUCAGGGCCAGUCGUGAAGAUGUACGCCACCGACGCCGUCGCUGCGACGGCGUCCCUGCCGUCAUCCACGUCCAUCGUGGCCGCAUCGAGGAAGCCCGGCUAUGCGGCGAGGUUCGUUUGCGUGCUCCUCGUGUCAUGUUGGAUCGUCCAAGAUCGGACGGCGCUCGGUAUGUCCGAGCCACCACCGGAGCUCACCACGAUCGAGGACAUGACUGACAGAGGGACGAAGAAAUUCGGCGAUGACUGCGUGGAGGACCGCGAAUGCGGUUUCUCGGGGUCCUAUUGCGAGCCGAAGAAGAACAAGUGUACGUGCAGGGAUGAGUUCGAGGCAACAAAUCAUAUCGACAAAUGUGGACACCCGGCGAACGUGAACGAGUCGUGCUUCUUUCACGAGCAAUGCGAGGCGAGGGUGAGCCAAACGGAGUGCAGGGAUGGACGUUGCAUUUGCAUCUUCGAGAAGAUCCCGGUUACACAGGCUGACGGGGUGAUUGUGUGCGUCGCCGAGCAGAAAGAGGAACCGAAUCUCCAAUAUAUCGACCCGACGAUGAUCGGUGUCCUCGUUGGUAUGGCGCUCAUGUUCAUCAUCCUCUGCGUGGUCCUUAGGCUUUUCAGCAAGGCUCGCUGGCGCGAGAACCGUACCAUCUUCAACACACCAAACGCCCGUCUGAUGAACGUCUCAUUACUGAGGGAGAACAAACUCUUGCACCCGCAAGAAAGACGUGGUUCAAGGGCGAGCGUACGGGUUCCCUCGAGGCAACCCUCGAUGGCCUCCUUACGCGCCCAUUCGCCGAACGCCUCGCAAGGUGCGAAACACUCUCAGCACUCACAGCACAGAGUGAGCCGUUCACGAGCAGGAUCGCGACGCGGGAGUCGUGGAAGCAGCGGGAACGCGUCGGCGGUCUCGACGAAAUCGAACAAAUCCCCACCGAAUCAGCCGAGCAACAUGACGGAAACCGUUCUGGAAAACGUCACCGUGGAGAUUCUCGAAGCGAAGGCGUAGAUCGAACAAAUUG